AAGAAUUAUAUAGCAGUGAAGUAUUGGUUAUCAUAGGGAGUCAUAAACUCGAACUAACAACCAGAAGAAGUGAUGUCAGCCCCUUCAGUCGACUCAUUCAUGAACAUUUUAGACAAACGAGGAAAGCUUAUCAGGAAAAGACUUAUGUUGGCCUCAAAUCUCUCAUCCCAAAAUAAUAAACAUGAAAUGUGAAUCUGGGUCUUUUACUGCUGUAAAUUAUUUUCACUCUCAAGCAGUCUUCACAAGGCGCCUUGCUUGACCUUAACUUGCCGAGGAUCAUAUUUUCAUCAAAAUAACUAAGGAUAUAUGUUUGGAAAUUUAUAAGUCAUCCCAGUUACAUAGUCACGACCAGUGAUAACAUUAUUUAGUUGAUAUAACUGUCAAUAAUGAGUCUCUUUACAAGUCCACCUCCAGUUGUUAAGCGUCUGAUAAGCUACAUCAAAGAAGGUUCUGACAAGGAAGAAAAGUGGAAAGAGAAAGCUGUGAAGUCACUGGUCAAACGGCUAAAAAAUGGAACUCAAUUAGAUGAACUAGAACGUGCUCUUGUUAGCCAAGAUCCAUCCACGAGAUGUGUUACAAUACCACGCUCCUUAGAUGGACGCUUACAGGUUGCUCAGAAAAAAGGGCUACCACACGUUUUUUACUGUCAACUCUGGCGAUGGCCAGAUCUGCAUACUCAACAUGAAUUGCGCCCUAUUGCUACUUGUGAAUAUUCCUUCCAGUCCAAACGUGAUGAGGUUUGCAUUAACCCUUACCACUAUAGAAGAAUCGAAAACCCAGUUCUUCCACCAAUAAUGGUCCCACGUACAGUCAAUAAUGGUACCUCUGGAAAUAAUAAUGAUAAUGUACAUCGUGGUAUGGCAGAUACUGGUGAACGUUAUGGUAGAGGGUCUUGUUUCAGUUCUCAUCACUCUCGAUAUUCUUCUAUGCAUAAUCAAUAUCAACAAGGACUUCAACAACACCAGCAGCAACAACAGUUACAACAACAUCAUUUAAACGCUUUACAGGCUCAUCAUGCGUCCACAACCGGAUUAAAUGAUCCUAUGAUGUUAGGGGAUGAUUGUGGUUCUGAACCGAACAGCUUAGCUGCCCUAUUAGCACCUCCGUCUAAACAACCAAGACAACAUCUUGCCACAGAUGCUGUUACAGCUGCUGCUCUAGCCAGAGGUGAUGCACUCGAUGCAUACUCUGCGGCUACUAGAGCAAUGGCUGGUCUAGAGAAUGCUGGUGUUAUCGGUGGAACACACCCACCGUGUGUUAGCCUACGAGAGGCAGCAGAAAAUAUGACGUUGGGCGGAACACCUAAUUUGGUUGGGACACCUCCUGCUCCACCUCAUACAGGAGGUGGUUAUCAGUCAUCCCUUAUGAAUGUGGUUUCAAGUUUGAGCGGUGAUGGACGAGAUUUUGCCCGCAAUCUUGGUGUAGCAAAUCAUAUUCAUAAUGCUACUACAAGAUCUCUCAGUCUUGGUGAUUUUUCACUUCCUGUCUCUGGAUGCCAAGAAGAUCGAUCUAACGAUUCCCAAUGUCAUGGUCAAAAUACAGAUAAUUUAGGUACAAGUUUCAUGGGUCAAUCUUCUUCAGUUUCCUCAUCAACAACUCAUAAAGCUUCAAGUGUUGCUGGUGUUGGUCCCUCCGUAAACUCUCCUGGUACACUGUCUUCAGUUGAAGAAAACUGUAUCAGCGAAGAUGACAAUAUGGAUUUAGAUAUGCUGAGUGAUGUCCUUAUUGAUGGCAAUGAAAUGACUUCAGUGGCCUAUCAAGAACCUGAAUAUUGGUGUUCAUUAUACUAUUAUGAAAUGAAUACACGAGUUGGUGAUACAUUUCAUUGUUCUAGUCCAUGUUUAACUGUUGACGGUUUCACAGAUCCUAAUAGACAUAAUCGUUUCUGUCUUGGUCUACUAUCCAAUGUAAAUAGAGGACAUCAAAUUGAACUUACACGAAGACAUAUUGGCAAAGGUGUUAAACUGUAUUAUAUUGGCGGUGAAGUGUUUGCAGAAUGUCUCAGUGAUAGUGCUAUAUUUGUUCAAUCUCCAAAUUGUAAUUAUAUGUAUAAAUGGCAUCCAGCAACAGUGUGUAAAAUUCCACCCGGAUGUAAUUUGAAGAUAUUCAAUAACCAGGAGUUCGCUAAUCUACUUACUGAGAAUGUAACUAAAGGUUUUGAAGCAGUCUACUCAUUGACUAAUAUGUGUACGAUACGAAUGAGUUUUGUGAAAGGAUGGGGUGCUGAUUACCGGUAUGCACUAUAAUCAAUAUUCAUAAAUUUAAAAAAAAUAUAUAUAUAUAUUUUUCCAUUUUUGAAUAUGUGUAAAUAUCACUGGAUGAUAGUUUGAGACAUGCAGAAAGGUGUAAAUUUUCUGAAUGGUGCCGGUAAUGAUUAUCGAAUCCAAAUGGGAAGCGACGAAUGUGUCGUUGGUGCGAGGGUGGCAUGGGGGAGAUGGCGCGAAGAGGCGAUGGAAGAUUAUGGGCAAUUGUGAACCCAGAUGAAGAGGAUGACAGAAAAUAGGACAAAGUGGAGAUGUGUUGUUGAGGCCGUAUGUUCCACUCGAAACGCAAGUCGACAAACUGUAACCAGUACUCCGUGUUGGAUUGAAAUUCAUUUGAAUGGUCCAUUACAAUGGCUUGAUCGAGUACUGAGUCAAAUGGGUUCUCCAGAUCAUCCUUGCACAUCUGUAAGCUAAAUUUAACACACUCACACACAGGAAAAAUUGUCAAUAUUUUCACAAAUUUAUCAAUUAGAAGAAUUCUUUUCCUAAUAGAAAAAUUAUUUUCCGACGUCUUUCGUGCAUUCAUUCAACAUUAUAUUUAAAUAAUAAACUACUAACAGCCAUGUACUUAACAAAUUCAUUGAAUUAUUCCUCCCCCUCCCCCCUACACACACACACACACCGACCCAUCCCACCCCUUCCUUAAAAUAUGUUUCAUUUGAAUUCACAGCUGUGUGCUAUCCCCCCUAUCCUUUUUAGCUUUAUGUGUUUAGUGUGGAAUUAGACAUAUAAGCUGUUGCACUUUCAUUUAUUACAUUUAUCAGGUGUAUGAAUGUAUUAUUCAUUUGAUGGUCAGUUAUUAACUUAACACUACCUUUACCACCGUUCAUAAUUUUAUUAUUAUUAUUACUGUAUUACUUUUGACCUAUUUUUUAUUCUCCCAUCGUUAAACAAAGUAGUCAAAGCGUGCGUAGUGACCAUUUUAUUUAUUCUACCCUUUCAUCAUAUAGUUUAUCAUUCCAUAUUAUGAUUACCAUUACUAUUAUUAUUACUACUGUUGUUGUUGGUUGUAGACGCAUAUAUUUUCACUGCUUACCUACAUUGCGUACAUUGCCUUACUUUUUUUUGAUACUUGUAUAACUUAUUAUUUAACUUUUUUUCUUCUGUUUUUACAUUAUGUAUUAUUGUCUUAGUGUUGUUUUUUUUGUUGUUGAAAAAAUGUCCUAUUGUCACUUAUUCAUUCCCCUCCUCCUUCUCCUAUUUCCUCUUAUCGCGUAAUAUACUUUCGUCUCAAACGUGAGCUAUUCGUUUGACUGGGCAGUUUAAAAUAACUUCAGGUCGAUAUAUACAUAUAUAUCCUACUUUAAAUUAAUUCUGAUUUUAUUAAUGAAAACUCAUUUUAUUUCCUUGUUUGCUUAUCAAGCGCGUGCUGUAUAACUACUUUCUUCAUUAUUAUCAGUUGUAUAUUCUAUGGUUAACACACACACACACACACAUUCACCUUUUAUUGAACGCCUAUUCUCUCUUCUUGUGUGUGUGUGUAUGUAUGGAUGAUAUUCUAUUGUAAUUACAUAACUUUCAGUGUUCGCGCCACUACUGUUACGAUUUGUAUAUUUCUCUAUCAUAUAAUAAUAAUUAGUAGUAGUAUUAAUUUACAUUCAACUAAAAGUUCACUUUCUUGCACAUUAUAUUCUGUAUGUUUUCGCUUCAGGGCGCCUUUUAUUAGUAUUAUCAUCAUCAUCACCAUAUUAUCUAUGUUUUGCUGUCAAUUGACGUUACUUUCUAAAAAAAAUUUUUAUCAAUAUUAUUAUGAUUGUGUCCGUUUGAUCUUACCUUCUGUGUGUUGUAGUAACCAUUUCAUUCAUUUUUCACUAGAGAUAACAAGCAAUAUAGUAGAGACACAUAAUUAGAAGAGGUGACAGCUGCUAACCCCGGUUACGUGUUUUGAUUCACUCUUUAUACAUUAUGGGUUUGCAAUUUAUUUUACACAUGUACAAAAUAUAUACACAUACACAUAUAUUGAGAUUGUUGUUUUUAAGCAUUUAGAAAUUCAAUCAAACUACUACCAUGACUACUUUGAACACUUUUCUUGUUUUUGUUUCCUGUGUAGUUAGUUAGUUAUAACGCAUAUAAAUAGAUGAUAAUAGUUCAUUUUGUUGUUGUUGGUGGUGUUAUUGUGGUGUAGUGGCGAUGGUGUGAUGCGGUGUCAGUUAUGUGUAGCUUUCUCAUAUCAUUUAACCAGUUUGUUCACUUCGUCAUCAUGGCAUUAUUAUUAUUAUUAUUAAAAUUACUAAUGUCAGUGAUUUGUCGGUUAAAUGAAUUGUUGUCAAUGCCUACUUAUUGCACCUUUUCAUUACAUUAGAUACAUAUAAAUUUCACUUGAUCUCUCACUCACUCUCUCUCUCUCUUAUUUCACUUUCCGGUUUAUGUCUCUCAGGCAACCUUUUUUGGUGUGUAAUAAUCAUUGUGAAGCGCAUAUAUACACAUACAUUACUGCCUGGAAUUUUUUUCCAGCUGAUAUGUUUCACUGACUUCUUACUUUUUGGUAUUCACCAUUUAUUAUACAUAUAUAUAUAUAUAUAUAUAUUUGAAUUUUCCUACAUUGUUAUGUCCUUAUUCCGUUGACAAAAGCAUAGUUUCUCUCUUUUCUUUUCUUUCCUUUGUUCUUGUGAAAACUAUUCAUUUUUUUAAAUUGAUUAAUGUUAAUAAUUUAAUUGGUGAAAAUGGGAGAUUGUUUCUAAAUCGUGUACCUGAUUAUAUUAUUACUUCCCUUUUACCUAGAGAUUACAAGUAAUUUAUGAAUAAAAAAAUAUACCAUAUAUAUAUACAUCUACAUGCAUAUGAGUAUUUCUCAUCUCUUCCUAUACACCGUGUAGACGGUCCGUUAUACUGUUUUUAAGAAUUGCAUCUUGGAGAAUAAGUAUACGCGUUAAUAAUAUU